CUCCGAUUGCUACUCCGAGUCCAGCGGCCAGAUGAUUAGGCAGAACGUGCAUUGGCUGUGACGCUAGGCCAGACAUGGCAAAACGGGCCUUUCAUUCUUGCAGAUACGGGGUGAGAGUGAGGGUGAGGGUGUGUGUGUGUGUGCAUGUUAGGAGGUGGCGUCGGGGGUCGAAAGGAUCAUCGCACGGCCCAGAUUGGGCAUCAGCGAUGACCAAACGGAAGCAAAUCCCAGGUGGCUGCAAAUGGAGAAGACCAAUCGGGGGUGCAAACACGCUCACAUAACGCGGGGACCCCGAGAGUACAGUGUGUCGACCCAAACAAGAAAAGGUUAGGCAAGGAGAAUGUUAUAUAUGACCCUCCACUCCCUCGACUCCAUCCCAUAUCUCGACCAGGGGAACACAACACCCGUGGCUUUGUAUAUUUUCUCGCCUCUCCCCUCCCCUCCAUUCCUUUCCCCACAUACAUCACCAGCCUCCCCAUCAUGCCCCAAGCACCCAAGUCUCCACAGGCAAAAAGAGCCGGAGCGCCCAAGGCCAAAGGUGCCGUCCGCGCCAAGUCGGGUUGCUAUACCUGUAGGAUCCGUCGCAAGAAAUGUGACGAGAAGAUGAACGCCGACGGAAGCUGUGGAACCUGCACCCGCCUCCGUCUUCAAUGUCUCGGUUUCGGUGCCAAGCGUCCAGACUGGUUGCGGGACGGCCGCAACGUACUUGAUCUCAGAGAAAAGAUCAAGUCCUUCCUCGCUUCCCAGGGCAUGAUCAAAGGUCACUCUGGCUCGGGCCCUCGCUCAUCCGAUCAGGAUCAGGAGCCCCAAGUUCUUCAUCUAUCUAACGACUAUACUUCACCAAGUACGACUCCACAGACGCCAACGCUUUCUAUCUCUUCUAGCAACGAGGAUCGCAUCCCCGCAGUAUACCCGCCCUUUCGUGGGCCCCCUGACUCUGACCGCUUACCUGUAAUGCAUGAAAGCCCUGACUCUCCUGGAUACCCUGAAGUCACUCUUCCUCCGUUUCCGACUGGUAGCAUAGAUUCAUCAUGGCAUUCUCAUCAUUCUUCUAUCCCCCGUCAUCACCAUCAGCUUACUCUCCUACCAAGACCCCAUACAAGUGAUUUUUCGAUAUGGCACUCUCUUCCUUUCCCCUUCAACCUGGAUGGCCGCCAGAAUAGUGCCUUGAAAUACUACAUGGACAAUGUCCUUCGUAUGCAAUACCUUCAUGCUGACGGUUCAUUGGAUUCUGCCCUCUGGGACUUAAUUCACUCGAGCGCCUCAGCUCGUGAGGCCGCUUGUCUAUUGUCCGAUCUCCACCGCAAGACUUGCCAGUAUGGCAGAGCAGAACUCAUCUUACCUGCCGACAUGUCUCGUCUACAGACCAUGUUCCCACACCAACAGCCCUUGAACGAGGGUGAUGCCCUUGCCGGACUUUGUGUUGUAUCUUACUUCCUCUUCACGGGUGGCAAGGGCCAGUGGCAAGCCUUUCUGGACGCUGCCUGUCGUUUCUCCAUCGACAUUUUGCAAGCAUGCGGCGGUGCGUCCCGCGUGCUGAUGACUUGCUCUGAGUCCCUACGGUUCAUCAUCAAAACCUCCAUCUGGUUUGACGUGCUUGCAUCCGCGACGCUUGUCCGUACUCCUAUCAUGCGGGAUGUCGUGUCCGAACUCUUCUCCCCAUACAAUGCUGCCACAAUUGACGGGCAUCCUCUCGCGCCAUGCGAAGAGUACUCGAUGCUCUCUAUCAUGGGUUGCGAGAACCACAUCGUCUAUGCUCUCGCGCAGAUCGCGGAGCUGGCAGCGUGGAAGGAGCGCAAUUGGAGCGAGAACCGGCUCAGCGUUCCUGAACUCGUCAAGCGUGGUCAGCGCAUCGAAGAGAUCCUCAAAAAGCCGAGCUCGGUUCCGAUGCCGUCUCACGACUCCCGCAUGAAUUCCUCCGCUGACGACGAGCGCAGCCAUCAGCGAAUGCUCACUUCGGAGGUCUUUCGCGCGUCUGCACACGUGUACCUGCACUCCGUGAUCUCGGGCGAUUACCCGCAAUGCCCCGAGAUCAUCGAAGCGGUCGAUCAGACUAUCGACCGUCUCAAGGCUGCUGAAACCGGGCAGGCCGGUCGCGCGGUCGUGCGGAGCGUCGUGUUCAGCAUUUGCAUUGCUGGGUGCCUUACUGACAACAUGAACCACAAACGGUACCUUACGAGACGUCUGGAGGAGCAAAGGGGUAUUGGCAAUUGCUCGCAGGUACAGCACCUGAUCAACGAGGUAUGGCGCCGCCGAGGCAAGGAACGGGUCGAUUGGCGACAAGUGAUGCGAGAAGCCGAAAUGCUCCUUGUUUGAAUACUCACAUUUCCUUACCUUUUCUUCCCGCUGCUUUUUCCCUUUCUCUUUUAGCAACCCACAAAAAACAUCCAUUUUCAAGUCAUCACAAUUUCUGGCUCACAUGUUCACAAGCAUUGGAUCUGAAAAUAGCAAACCCUACAUAUCACUGCUGCGCAGUUUGUUGGUCAUGUCUACUUCUGCAGUAACAGUUGUAGUUCCACGUUUCAUCAUCACGUUUUUUUCUAUCAUGCCGUGUAUCUCUUACAAUACAAAUCUUAUCCACCACGGAACAAUAGCUACUGUAUACGGAAAUAACAGUGUUGGAAUUGUAUCUCAAAACGAGAAGAAAGAGCUGACGCAUGCGUGCGGCAGACAGACU